AUGGAAGAAUUGAUGUUUCCAGAAAACUACCAAUCUAAUUUUCUUUGUAAUAUUGAAUCCAAUUGUUUAUUAGAUAAACUUGGUAAAAUGUCACCAAUAUAUGAUUAUCAAGAACAAAUAACUCUAGAUGAUGAUGAUUGGUUCACGAUUAAACAACUUAAUCCUGAAACUUUGUCAGAUAAUAAUAAUAAUAAUAUGAAUCUCGUAAAUGACCAAACACUAUCAGUAUUCGAUAUUUUGUCGGAUAAUUGUUAUAUUGGUGAAGUAAAAUCAAUGACUGAACUUGAUGGUACUAUUACUGCUUUAUUUUUACCUAAUCUAUCAAUUCAAGUUGCUCGUGAUAAAAACAAUACUUCAUUAACACCAGAAACAGUUCCAAUAAUCUCUUCUACAUCCCCUUGUGAUCAACGAUUAUUGACAACAACUACUACUACUACGAUUACUCAACAAAGACAACAACAACCGAAAAAACAUAUGAUGUCUAAAUCAACCUCAUCUUUAUCUUUUUCUACACAUUCAUCAACAUCAAUGACGAGUAGUAGUGCUGAUGAAAUGAGUUCAAAUUCGAAUGACUUAAAUGAAAUAGUAACCAUACAUCAUGCUACUGAAUCCAUGCAACAACUUUCUCAUCAUCUGAAAAAUAAUAGAAGUAUAAGUGACGAUUCAUUAAAUACUAGUAAUAGACGUCGUCGUAAAAGAACUAUCUUCAGUGCAGCUGAUAUUGAACAUCUUAAAGAAGCAUUUAUUCAAAAUCCUAAACCAAGCCAACAAGAUAUUGCUAUUUUAUCCGAACAAUUAGGUCAUGAUUCUUAUGUGAUUCGUGUAUGGUUUUACAACAAGCGUCAAGCAACAAAAAAACGGAGCGGAUAA